UUGCAGACGCCCGCCCAGGAAGGAAAGCUCCAUCAUGAGCUCUGCGGCCAAGCGCAGCCGCCCCUCGGACGAGUGUCCCAAGUGCCAGUUCAACCUCCUCGACGGCGCCGGCGCCUGCAAGGUCUGCGACUUUAUCACGACCAAGCAAAAGCUGCGGCCGUGCCUCCACUGCGAGAAGGCCAACUGCCACGUCUUCUGCGAUAUGUGCGGCCAAGGCCUCCACAAGCGCUGCGCCGACAAGAUGGGCGUGACCAUUGACGUCGACGAAGACCACCCGGAGAACUCGAGCCUUGUCUGCAAGGGCUGCGAGCUCGACGAGAACGACUGGAACGUCGGCUGCGGCGGCUGCAAGAAGGGCUUUGCGAACGAAGAAGUCGGUCUCCAAAUCAACCAGCUCGUGCUCGUCGAGUUUGAGUUUGUGCUCUACAACGCGAUCGUCACCGAGGUCAACGAAGCCGAAGACUCGGUCAAGAUCCACUUUGUCCGGUGGUCGAAAUCGUUUGACGGCUGGUACAAGAUGGACGACGAGCGCGUCAACGAAAGCCUCGCGUGCGACAGCUGCAACCACUGGUUCCACAUCGCGUGCCUCCCGCCCAUCAAGGCCAGCGGCCGCUACAAACACACAUCUUACGUCUGCGAACGCUGCUACGGCGACGCCAAGGCCAACCGCAAGCCCAAGGUCCACGAGCGCAUCGAGCCGAUUCGGCCAAAGCCCACGAUUGCAGCCGCCGCCGAUGAAGACGACGACGAGGCUGUCUUGCCCGAGCUUCCCAAGCGCAAGGUCGGGCGACCGUCGCUCAAGCAGCUCAAGCAUGAACGCGAAACGAUUGCGCUCCGCAAGGCGAUGCUCAAGACGAUCAAGGAUAGCAAACAGGCAACGAAGGCGUCGCCGCCCGAGACGCCAGCGACCACGCGAACGCGCCGCGCGGCCUCGGCGCCCGUCGCCGUCACGAGCAGCAGCGAAAAGGAGCCGCCGCCGCGCAAGUCGAGCCGCCGACCCGAUGCUGAAAACGACGAGACUGACCGCCCAGCGCGGAAACGCGCAGCGCCGACGUCGCCGACGACGAAGCCGAGCAAGCCCGAGACGACCAAAGCCACAAAGGCCUCCGUUGCAAGCGAGGACGCUGGUAAGGAACCUCUGCUCACAGCGACGACCAAGAAGGCACCGGCCAAGAAGGACGAGCCAGUAAAGAAAACGACCAAAGCAGCCGGCGACGAUGCGCCGACAACGACGACGGCAACGACGACGACAACGGCCAAGAAGGCUGCCAAGAAGCGCGACGAACCGACCAAAGCCAAGCCCGACACGAAGCGGCCACUGGACCUCGAGAAGGUCGCGCCACGCAAGCGCAGCCGGUCCGACGACCGCGGCAGCAGCCACGAUACGUUCCGGCCGAUCGCGCCCAAGCCCAAGCCGAUCUUCGAGGUAUCGAGCGACUCGGACCACGACAUUGAAGAUGACGCGGCGACGUCGACCGACGAUCCCAAGGUGGUCGUGGUCAGCAGCAGCCGGCGCAAGCAGCCUACGUCUCUCAAGUCGAAACCUCGCAGCAUCGAGCCGGAAGACGAAGACGACUGUCAACCGACGCCCGACGAACAGCUUCUCAAGCCGUGCGUCAAGAAGGGCAAGGGGUCGCUCAUCUUGCUCUCCAAGCUCCUCAACUCGCCGCAAUUUGCCGAGACUGAGCUGCCAACGCAGUCGCCGCCCCCGAUGCUCGUCACGAAGAAGACGCUGCCGUCGCUUGCGUCAGUGACCAACAAGGAGAAGAACCAGAGCGCGUUUGACAUCCUCCGCGUCGUCGCAAGCCAAACCAUCACGACGACGCACCAGUCGCCGGCCAAGGCCGCGAUCCAGCACCUGCCCGCGCCGCCCGCGCAAGAAGUCACGUUGGAGUACGACAUGCACUUUUGCCUCCGCGAAGAAAUGUACGUCCAAGUGUGUGCGAUGGAGGAGGCCGGGCUCCUCGUCCGCGACGUCGCCGGCUUGCUGCGGUCGUGGACGCACCCGACCUCGUCGCGCUUCGAAGACGUUCGGUUCGUGUACCUCGUCAACAAGCACAACUCACCCGCGAUCCUCGCACAGCGGCUGGCCGAAGUCACGAGGAAUUAUGGUUAAUUUACAGCACUAACUACACUACAGCAGCCAACUCGUAACAUAAUUAAUAUAGUCCAAAAGCGUAUUACUAAA